AUGAUCUUCGCAAAACGCAUAGCUGUCCUCCUACUCACUGCAGUACUUCUGAUACUGUAUUUUAGAGCGCGAACCCAAGACUACCACUCCACACUACAAAGACUUUCACAAAGAGUUGGCCUCGGAGACCUGGCCGAUGAUGAGGAAGAGGAUUUUCAGGAACAGCUGAACAGGCAGAAAGGACCAUUUACAAACAACAAUUAUGUUACACACAACAGCUCAGAGUCUUCCUAUCCUACUGGGACCUUGAAGCCAGCAGGAGAGCCAUAUACUCGCGCUCUGGUCAUUGGUCGUUUGUCCAGCGAAAACACAACCUGGCUCGAUUCCUACCUCCCUAGCGAUGCCUAUCUCGUACCCUACUUGUAUAUCGUCGAUGACCAUACUGCAGCCCUGCAUACUCCAAUAAACAAAGGUCACGAAGCCAUGGUCUACCUGACCUACAUCCUGGACCACUACGAUUCACCCUCCCUGCCAGAUAUCAGCAUCUUCAUGCAUCCCCACCAGCUAGCCUGGCAUACCCCCGAGCUCCUCAAUCACGAUGCCGCGGAAACCCUCAAAAGGCUGAGUUCAGCAAGAGUGACGAGAGAAGGAUACAUGAACCUACGUUGUCACUGGGAUCCUGGCUGUCCAGAACGACUCCAUCCCGGUACAAGCUACCGAGACAACUUGAAGAGAGAGGAAAUAGCCAUCGCACAUGCCUGGGCCGAGAUGUUUCCAGGUGAACCCGUCCCUGACUCGAUAGGCGCACCCUGCUGUGCACAAUUUGCCGUGUCUCGAGAACGGAUACGUGCCAUCCCCAAAGCUAGUUACGAGAGGUACAGAGACUGGCUCCUCCGAACCGAGGAGACAGAUUGGAUCAGUGGCCGUGUAUUUGAGUAUUUGUGGCACAAAAUCUUCACAAAUCAAGCGACCCUUUGUCCUGACGCAAGGGCCUGCUACUGCGAUGGCUACGGCAUCUGCUUUCAGACUCCCGACCUCUUCGAGACAUGGUUUGACAACCACCAUCACUGGAGACGUGCGACUAAAGAGCUGGAACAAUGGGAAGAAAGAGCUACUGUUGUUAAUAGCGUCGGCAAUUGGAAGAAGGUCGAGCAAAUGAAACUUGAUAUUCCUGUGCCAGGAAGGAAUAUCGAGCUGAAACAGGAAAUUGACGAGCGGUUUCGGUUACUUGUGCACUUGAGGACUGAGGCGCUGAAGAAUGGGACUGAUCCGCAGAUACGUGCUGCUGUUGCUGGAAGACCUUGGGAAGUUGGAAAUGGGUAUUGA